AUGUCGUUAGCUCUUGGCCCGCUGACCACAGUGGCGCUCAUAUUCGGUGGCUGCUGCUCGAAUGUCUUCGCUCUGGAAGCGAUUAUAAAGACACAACCUUCAAGCGGCCUUUUGAUUACAUUCUGCCAAUGGCUCUGCACGACGAGCGCAGCGUAUGCGACGCAAUUCGCUCCUGGUAGUCCUUACACGGUCCGCCCGCCAAAGGUGCCAGUCCGGAGAUGGGCCGUAGUCGCUCUGAUGCACUGCAGUAUCAGUCUGCUCAACAACUGGGCAUUUGCAUUCAGCAUAAGCGUUCCCGUUCAUAUUGUUCUCCGCAGCUUUGGAAGUGUGUCGACAAUGCUCAUGGGCAUCAUCCGUGGAAAGCGUUACAGCUUCCUGCAAAUGCUUAGCGUGGCGAUACUCACUGUCGGCGUCUUGGUCAGUGCAUGGGCGGACUCUGAGAGCAAGGGCAAGAAACUGUCUUUGGAGAGCAAUGCCUCCGAGUCCGAGUUUACGACAGGUCUGAUGCUCCUGCUGAUGGCGCAAUUACUGUCCGCAUACAUGGGCGCAUACGUGGAAGACACAUACACCAUGUAUAAAGGCACCCACUGGACAGAGAAUCUGUUCUACGCUCAUUUCCUGAGUCUCCCGCUGUUCCUACCACUAUCCGAAACGUUACGUCAGCAAUACAGAAGGCUCGCUGCUACACCGCCGCUCAGCUUCGACCAUAAGAAGUGGCAGGUCUCGAUGCUCAUGCCAUCAGGCCUGGUAGAGGCUCCACUUGUAGCGAUGGAGUCACUUCCUCAAGGGAUCUUCUUCCUCUCGUUAACCGUUCUGACACAACUAGUCUGCAUUUCAGGCGUCAAUCUACUGUCUUCCAAGUCUUCCGCAGUCACGGUGACUGUAGUGCUAAACAUUCGGAAGCUGGUCUCUUUCAUUAUCAGCACAGCAUUCUUUGGACACCAACUCAGCGCAAAGAUGGUUCUUGGAUCUGCGUUGGUGUUUGGAAGUGGAGCGUUGUAUGGGUGGGAGACAAGCUGGCGGUUACCGCAAAAGCGCAAACGCCUGGCCGCAACGAAUGGCUCUGCUAAACCUAGGAGUCGGGAAGGGGCAAAUGGACAUGUUAAGAAACAAGCAUGA